AUGUUGUCACAAAUUGCAUUCAACCCAAUUCUGUGUGUAACUCCAUCGGCAUUGAACAAGAAGAAGAAAACUCCGUUUUGUUCUUCUUCUGAUUCUCUUCUCUGUAGAACCAAUUCGAUGGCUUUCAAUCAUAGAACUAACAAUUACUUACGCCAUUUGGAAUCAAUGAAAAUUCUUCCAUCUGGUGCUGGUACAAUUCCUCAUUUGAAUGCUGUUAUUCUCGGUGAAAAUCUUGCUACCGAAGAAGAAGAAUUUGUUCUUCCUAGCGAAGAAUUCGCUUCCCAAGCACAUGUUCACUCACCCGAACAGUAUUUGGACAUGUAUAAGAGGUCCAUUGAGGAUCCUGCUGGAUUUUGGUCUCAAAUUGCAUCCGAUUUCUACUGGAAACAAAAAUGGAGUGAUCAAGUUUAUACUGAAAAUUUUGAUGUUACAAAAGGAAAUAUUAACAUUCAGUGGUUCAAAGGUGGAAUCACCAACAUCUGUUAUAAUUGUGUGGAUAGACAUGUUGAAGCUGGACUUGCUGACAAAGUUGCCUUUUAUUGGGAAGGGAAUGAACUUGGUGUUGAUGCUACUUUAACUUACGCUCAGCUUCUCGAUCAAGUUUGCCAGGUUGCAAACUAUCUGAGAGAUAUUGGUGUCAAAAAGGGGGAUGCUGUGAUUAUUUAUUUGCCCAUGCUUAUGGAGCUUCCAAUCACAAUGCUUGCUUGUGCCCGCAUUGGUGCUGUUCAUUCGGUUGUAUUUGCCGGUUUUUCUUCGGAGUCUCUUUCGCAGAGAAUCAUUGAUUGUAAGCCAAAAGUUGUAAUUACUUCUAAUGCUGUUAAGAGGGGCUCUAAGGUUAUCUAUCUUAAAGACAUUGUUGAUUCCGCCAUCAAUGAUUCAGCUAAAAAUGGGGUCUCUAUAGAUGUUUGCCUAACUUAUGACAACACAUUAGCCUUGACGAGGGAGGAUACUAAAUGGAAGGAAGGGAGAGAUAUAUGGUGGCAGGAUGUCAUUCCCCAAUAUCCAACCACUUGUCCGGUGGAGUGGCUUGAUGCCGAGGAUCCACUUUUUCUACUCUAUACAAGUGGGAGUACCGGAAAACCUAAGGGUGUUGUUCAUACAACUGGUGGUUAUAUGGUAUACACUGCAACAACAUUUAAGUAUGCAUUUGACUACAAACCAUCAGACAUCUACUGGUGCACAGCUGAUUGUGGUUGGAUUACUGGGCACAGCUAUGUCACUUAUGGACCCAUUCUCAAUGGUGCAACUGUUGUUCUGUAUGAAGGGGCUCCCAAUUAUCCUGAUGCUGGGCGUAGUUGGAACAUUGUUGACAAAUAUAAAGUAUCAAUAUUCUACACUGCCCCUACAUUGGUGCGAUCCCUCAUGCAAUAUGGUGAUGAGCAUGUUACCCGCUACUCGAGGAAAUCUUUACGAGUCCUGGGAAGUGUAGGCGAGCCCAUAAAUCCAAGUGCAUGGAGAUGGUUUUACAAUGUAGUUGGAGAUUCAAGAUGCCCUAUCUCUGACACUUGGUGGCAAACAGAAACUGGUGGCUUCAUGAUAACUCCACUACCUGGUGCUUGGCCCCAGAAGCCUGGUUCUGCUACUUGCCCUUUCUUUGGAGUCGAGCCCGUCAUAGUGGAUGAGAAAGGUGUUGCAAUAGAAGGAGAGUGUAGUGGUUACUUGUGUGUUAAGAGAUCAUGGCCAGGGGCAUUCAGAACUUUGUAUGGUGAUCAUGAACGAUAUGAAACAACAUAUUUCAAGCCCUUUGCUGGCUACUAUUUCAGUGGUGAUGGCUGCAGCAGGGAUAAAGAUGGAUACUAUUGGCUUACUGGGAGAGUUGACGAUGUCAUUAAUGUCAGUGGCCAUCGUAUUGGGACGGCUGAAGUAGAAUCAGCUCUAGUUUCACAUCCAAAAUGUGCUGAAGCAGCCGUUGUAGGCGUGGAGCACGAGGUUAAAGGACAGAGUAUAUAUGCUUUUGUUACUCUUGUGGACGGCGUUCCAUACAGUGAAGAACUGCGUAAGGACCUUGUACUCACAGUUCGAAAGCAGAUAGGAGCAUUUGCAGCACCUGACAAAAUCCAUUGGGCACCCGGGCUCCCAAAAACAAGGAGCGGAAAGAUAAUGAGAAGAAUUCUGAGAAAAAUUGCGUCUAGGCAGCUAGAUGAACUCGGAGAUACAAGUACCCUUGCAGAGCCACAAGUGGUCAACCAACUUAUUGAACUAGCUGACUCGUGA